UCCAACUUCUUCCAGCACACAAACUAUAGCUAGCUUGUCCAAAUUAAUCCUAAUAAUGGAUUGCAAACUCUUCUUCCUCUCCUUCAUAGUUGUGAUCAACUUAUUAUCAUUAAUCCCAUCUCCGUUUGCUAAUGCUUAUAAUUACACCUUACCUCCAAGCAGGCCUGUUACGCCAGACUUCAUUUGCAAGUUCACCCCAUAUCCAAUUUCAUGCAAAUCUGUCCUCCCAAACAAAACCUCCAAUGUCUACGACUACACUCGCUUUACGGUCUUCAAAUCCUUAUCUCAGACUCUACGAUUCCAAACAUUAGUAAACAACUUUCUUAGGCUCCGGGCUGCGUUGCCUAAAACAACUGUGGCCGCCCUCGAGGACUGCCAGUUUCUCGCAGGCCUAAGCGUCGACUACUUGUGGAGCUCCUUCGGCGCCAUCAACGCCACACCCAGUGCUCUUCCUGGGUGGAAAACAGAAGACGUCCAAACUCUCCUUAGCGCCAUUUUAACGAACCAGGAGACUUGCUAUGACGGCCUGAAAUCAGCGUCUUCGUCCUGGAGAGUCAGAAACGGUCUUUUCGCCCCUUUGGCAAACGACACUAAGUUGUUUAGUGUUUCUCUGGCUCUUUUUACCAAAGGUUGGGUGCCUAAGAACAAGUUGGUACCACGGCAGGUAACUCAGAGGAAACUAUUUGGUUUGGUGGAUGAGUUUGGUUCGACGACUCAGAGGAGAUCACUGUUGGAGACAGGGGAUGAUAACGGUCAUGGUCACAGUAAGGUGGUGGUGAGAGAACGAGUGACUGUUAGUCAAGAUGGAACCGGGAAUUUCACCACCAUAAACGACGCCGUUGCGGCUGCCCCGAACAAAACGCAGGUGUCCGGAGGGUACUUCGUUAUACAUGUCAAGGCAGGGGUUUACGAAGAGUAUGUUUCCAUUGCUAAAAAUAAGAGGUAUUUGAUGAUGAUCGGAGAUGGUAUAAAUCAGACUGUCAUCACUGGUAACCGAAGUGUUGUAGAUGGUUGGACCACUUUCAAAUCAGCAACAUUUGCCGUAACCGGACCAGGUUUCGUGGCGGUCAACAUAACAUUCCGGAACACAGCCGGAGCAAGCAAGCACCAAGCGGUGGCAGUUCGAAACGGCGCCGAUUUGUCUGCUUUCUACAGCUGCAGCUUCGAAGGCUACCAAGACACACUCUACACCCAUUCCCUCCGCCAAUUCUACCGCGAAUGCGAUGUAUACGGCACCGUAGAUUUCAUCUUCGGCAACGCUGCCGUCGCUUUCCAGAACUGCAACUUAUACCCUCGACUUCCAAUGAGUGGCCAAUUCAACGCCAUAACUGCUCAAGGCCGAACAGACCCGAAUCAGAAUACCGGGAUCUCGAUCCACAACUGUACUGUCAUUGCCGCAGAUGACUUGGCCUCGUCGACUGACGGCGCUGCAAAGACUUAUCUGGGUCGGCCAUGGAAGGAGUAUUCGAGGACGGUUUAUAUGCAGUCUUACAUAGACAGUGUGGUUGACGCGGCGGGUUGGCGAGAAUGGAAUGGUAAUUUUGGUCUGAGUACGUUGUAUUAUGCGGAGCAUGAUAAUAGAGGACCGGGUUCGGAGACGGCCAAGAGAGUCACGUGGCCUGGUUAUCACGUGAUUAACGCUACCGACGCUAAAAAUUUCACAUUGUCCAGUUUUCUACUAGCAGAUAAUUGGUUGCCUCAGACGGGUGUAGCUUACACCAGUGGUUUAAUAUGACCGAAAGUUUACCAACUACGUACUACUGAUAAUUCUUUAAGUAUAGUUAUAUAUUCUAUUAUUAUUUUUUUUACUUGUUUUAGAUUUUAAAGAUACUUGUAAGCUUGCAAGGUCAAGCUUUGGGAACAGCCAUAGUUUUAAUUGUAAUUUUGAUUUAAACAAACUACUUAUGAUAGAUAAUAAUUAAUGUUGAUGGAGGAU